UAGUCUUUAUUCAAAUGCCUCAGUCUUAUUCCAUAUUAUCUCCCAACAACAACAUCUCCUAACAUUUCCACAAUGAGGAAAAGGAAGACAACAGAUUCACCUCCUUCAUCCUCAGAUCUGAGUGAAGGGAAGGAGAAUUUAAGACUGAAGCAAGAGGUAGGCCUGAUUAGUGGAGUGUCCUUAAUCGCAGGCACUAUGAUAGGCUCAGGGAUCUUUAUGUCCCCUGAGUGGGUGCUGCAUCAUAUGGGGAGCCCUGCCAGCAGCCUGCUGAUCUGGACAGCCUGUGGUCUCCUGUCCAUGUUUGGAGCCUUGUCGUACGCUGAGCUUGGAACCAUAAUUAAAGAAUCUGGAGGAGAAUAUAUUUACAUCUUGAGGAUUUUUGGUUCUUUUCCUGCUUUCCUUUUCGCCUACACUUCUGUUAUCCUGGUGAGACCAGCUGGUUUGGCAGCUGUCUGUCUGAGCUUUGCUGAAUACGCCGUUGCGCCGUUCUACCCAGGAUGCUCAUCCCCACAGGUUGUCGUCAAAUGUACAGCUGCUGCCUGCAUCCUGAUUUUAACCAUCAUCAACUGCCUCAACGUGAGGCUGGCGACAUCUAUUAUGAACAUUUUUACAGCUGCUAAACUCUUGGCUUUGUUGGUGAUCGUGGUGGGUGGAUUGGUGUUGCUUGCCAAGGGACAAACUCAGAGUUUUCAAAAUGCUUUUCAAAACACGACUGCAAGUAUUGGGACGAUUGGAGUGGCAUUUUACCAGGGGCUGUGGUCCUUUGAUGGGUGGAACAACCUGAACUAUGUAACUGAGGAGCUGAAGAAGCCUGAGGUGACCCUUCCCAGAGCUGUGAUGAUUGCCAUUCCUCUGGUUACGUGCUUGUAUUUGCUGGUAAACGUGAGCUACUUAGCAGCCAUGACUCCAUCAGAACUGCUGUCUUCAGGAGCCGUGGCCGUCACCUGGGGGGACAAAGUCCUGGGCAGCUGGGCAUGGCUCAUCUCGCUCUCGGUGGCACUGUCUACGUUUGGUUCAUCGAAUGGCACUUUCUUUAGUGGAGGCCGCGUGUGCUACAUUGCCGCAAGGGAAGGCCAUAUGCCAGACAUUCUGUCUAUGGCUCACGUGCGAUGCCUCACGCCCUCCCCUGCUCUGCUGUUUACAUCUGCUAUGUCUUUAAUAAUGAUAAUAUCGGGAAGCUUCACCAGCAUCGUGAACUUUUUCAGUUUUAUAGCAUGGUUUUUCUAUGGCAUGACUAUUACUGGUCUCCUGUAUUUAAAAAUAAAGAAAAGAGAAUUGCCAAGAUCUUACAAGGUCCCAAUUAUCAUCCCUGUAAUCGUGCUGAUGGCAGCGGUGUACCUGGUGUUAGCUCCCAUCAUUGACCAGCCGCAAAUGGAGAUCCUCUACAUCGUCUUAUUCAUUUUCAGUGGUGUAAUUCUUUAUUUCCCACUGGUUCGCUUCAAGUGCCACCCUCGCUUUUUACAGAGAGUCACUUUACAUCUCCAGUUGUUCCUGGAAGUUGCUCCAACCACCAGGGAUGCAAACUGAGAUUAUGUCCUCUUGGCGUGUGGCUGUUUGCCUGUCAUGGUUUAUCCCAGCACCUUGGUUUUCAAGUCCCAGAAAAUAUUUUUCAGUAAGGGAGAAUGAGCAGAAUGAAAGUGUCACUGAACUGUCUAGCUGAGAGGGACGAGACUCACGACUCGUCAUGUUUCCUUAAAAUUUUGGGGACAUGUUUUUCUUGUUUUCAGCUCUGCCUUGGCAGAUUACUUACAGAUUCGAAAGAAAUAUGUGCUUUGGAGUUUUCCAUCCCAAGAAGAGCAGUUCAUCAAAAUCUUAGCUCUUACAUUUCAAAACAACACACAACAAAGACUGACAAUGAAAUAUUAUUCCUAUAGCAGGCUGUGACCCUAAGCCAUUCCUGGCAAUGCCUUUAAUUAUUUCCAUCUAGCUCUGCCCACUGUGACCACAGAGCUUCUCAAAUAAAGCAUGGACACAUCAUGUUCACAACAAAUCCCUCUCUUUUCCACUCAGGUAUUUGCUCUGGGUUUGUGCUUUUCCCUUGCUUCUUCCAGUCCCAGGUGCACAGUCACAACAGUCCUUUCUCCAUCUCAGUACAUGGCUCCAUCACAUUUCAGCCCAAAUCAUCCCACAUCUCCCAUAGAAAAACCUGUGACGUGAGACGAGAAGUGCUUUAAAACUCUGUUGGUUUCCUUCAUUGUGAAUGCACUUGUCAUCUGGGAUCCAUCAGUUCAUGGUGAGGACACUGGCGACAUUGCUCAAGUACUAACAGUCAUCCAAUACUCUUCCUGUAAUUCCCCCAAAACCAAAUAAUUUCUUUUGUGACAAAGUGAGCAAAACAAAAUCUACAGCAUAUGUGUCAGCAAGACGCUUUCUUUGUGAAUGAAAGAAACCACAUACUGGGCUACAUUAGGAGAAGUGUGGCCAGCAGAUCAAAAUCUGUCCCUUUGGACUCAACACUGAUGAAGACACAUCUGAAAUAUUGUGUCCAGUAUUGGGCCCUGCUGUUCAAGAGUGAGAGGAGAAGACAACAGUGCUCGGCUCUUCUUGGGAGUGGCAGCUAGGGGCAAGUUGUGGCUUGAGAUGUUCAGGCUGGACUUCAUGAAAAUAGCUUCACCAAGAGGGCAGUGAAACUUUGAAGCAGUGUGUAGGAAGGUGGCGAUGUCUCAGUUCUCAUACUUUUUUCACUACGGCUGUUUCCACCAAUUUCCAUGAUUCCAAAGGCAUAAAACAAAAAAGCCAUCGGCUCUGCUUCCACCCACACCUAACACACUGCAGUCGCUGUUGUUUCACAUUACCUUGGGACUUAACCCUUUUUCUCUUAGGAGAGAGAUGUUAUAUUCUGUUUUCUUUCUGUUUUUCCAGAUUGUUUCUGGAUGGCACCUGUCCUGUGACAGACUAAAAAGGUCUAGGUCCCUAAAACGUCUUGUGUCUCAAAAUACCGGACGUUACUCAGGUCAACUUGUCUUCUGCAGAUCCAUAUGUAACACUGCCUUCCUGGAACAGGGUCACUCGAUCCCCCAGGCCUCUUCCAGUCCAUCUCAGAGCUGUGGAUCUGAUCACAAUCUCAUUCUACAAUGCUACCCCUUCUGUUCCUCUCAGCUGGUGAUAGCAGCAGCUACAGAAGUGCACCACCAAUCGUUUUUCCCGAGUGUUAGGUAUGACAAUGGGAUCAUCCAACUGCUGCUUAUCUUCUAAAUCCUUAGCUUAAACAGUGUUUAGGGGGAUUUCCUUCCACUGCUUCUUACUGGAGUUGCCAGCAAAGGUUAAUUAAGGUACAGUUUUUCCUCCUGAAUCCUAUGACAAUGCAAAAUUCUUGGGAUGCCACCUUGCCUUUCCCUCCUUGUAUGCCCUGACGGAGAGUGUAUACUUAGAGGACUAAUGAGCUCAGGAGCUACCUUCCUCAACUUAAGAGGAGUUAACUUCCCAGUGCUGCCCAAAGCUCUUCCUAUGAUGUCAGGCAAGCUUCUUAAAGGAGCUGCGUCUCAGCUGGUUAUCUAAAAUGAGUUUUUGGAAACAAGCUCUGUUUCCUACACGUAUUUAUGGAGCCUACCACAUGGAACUGUGCUCUUCUGCAGAUCUACAGUCCCUACCCAAAAAAGGCGGAAUUUGAAGGCUAAUUUGAAGGCUUAUUUAAAGGCAGACAUGCACAAUAAGUGUGGCUUUAGCCUAUCCUUCUGUACCUAUAUACAAUCAACAGUGGUAUUAUCUGCACAUAGCGCUUGGGGAACAGGAGUUAUUGCCACUAUUUGAUAUUACGGAGGUAGUAUACUAUAGAUGAUGAAAAGAUGAAAGGAUUAAGCGGCUUGCUCAAAAUCACCCAGAAAACGUGUGGGAAAUGUGACUGUUUCUCCCAAGGUCCAGCUAAGCAUUUUAUCAUGUUGCCCAUCCUUUCUCACUGUGCACCUGUGAUGUAUAAACAAUAAUAAUGAACACAAAAAGACUCAACACUUUGGAUAAGUAGCCUUUAGAUGUUAUUGGUUUGCAUACAGGGGAGCUGAAAACUGCAAGUACCACAUAUUGCACCAAUCUCAUUUUCUACGGAUAUUAUUGUAACACAACGUUAUUUUUAUUUAUGCUGCCUAGGGUUUGCAAGCACAGGUGUUUAUAAUGCCGAACCAAGCUUCUGAAAGC